AUGGGACUCGUUCUUAUCUUCACAUUGUGUGCCUAUUUACACCGAUCUUUCAGUCAGUCAGUGGUACAGACGCCGCCAGCAGUAACCACAAAAGAGUGUCAGUCUCUCAACAUCGACUGUGUUUUCUAUGGUGGUUUCUACCGUCGUCCUUUAACUGAAGGGACUUUCUUCAAACAACGCCAGGCUGGAUCAGAGCGGGAGCGGGUCUCGGCAGGGGGGAGGUUUAAUGUGAGGAUAAAUAAAGAAGAAAAGACAUUUUCGCUGGAAAUUCAGGAUGUGAAAGUUGAAGACACCGCCACCUAUUAUUGCAAAGCAGAGUACCUUUACGAUAGCGCCACUGCAGAUGGGUCCGGGACAGAAGUGACUGUUACAGCUGAUUCCCCAUCCCUUGUGUCCCGCAGCCCAGCUGUACAAAGCUCUGUUACCGGAGACACUGUUACUUUCAGCUGUGAAUAUUCAGGAUUCUGUCGUUACACAGUUUCCUGGUACACGCAGUCCCCAGGAGGGGGUCUGAAAUAUUUGCUUCAGAGCGACACAUCAGGAGGUCAGAAUGAAGAAAUUGCAGCGGGAGGCAGAAUUUCUGCUGCUGUUGACUCCUCGACAAAAAUCAGUCGAUUAAAAAUCUCCACAAUACAACUGAGUGACUCUGCUGUGUAUUACUGUGCACUGGGUCGGCACACAGCACACACAGUGAUCGAGAACACGGUCAGAGCAGUACAAAAACAGAAUGGGAAUUGUACACAAAAUGAUACAGAGCAUGGAGACAGCUGUAAAAUCACAUGA